AUGGCCAAACUUAAAAAUGUUAGAAAACACUAAAAACUAUCUCAAUAAUAGUUUUUAUAACAUUAAUAACCUGUAUAAUAAUAAAACAUUCAAAAAAAUAUAAAAAAAAUUAAAUAAGCACCAUCUGAAAAUAAUAAUUAUAUGUUAAAAAGAAAAUACGAUAACCUUAUGGUAUUAAUUUAAGUAAAAUUAUCAAGAUCAAGGAUAUUAUCCAGAAGUUCCUAAUUUAUCAUUUCCUAAUCAAUUACUAGAUUGUUUGAUUAAAGUUAUUUGUUCAUAUGGGAAUAGUGCUAAGUUAAAUUAAAUAAUCAAAAACUUAAGUUUUUUUUAUUUAAAUGAAAUACAAGAAGAAGUGCUUAAUUUAGUUUUAGCUGAAUCUGAGGAAUCUGGAACAAUUUAUGAAUUAGAGGAAAAAUUCAAAGUUACAGAUAGUUUCUUCUAAAAAGUAUAUUGUUAAAAUUAAUAUUUUAGCCUUUACAAAAGAAUGAAUAACUUAAAACCUAAUUGAAGCAUGAAGAUAUUGAUGAUAAUGAUCAAUUACAUUCUCUUUCUAAUAAUAUUGCUCAAUGUAUAUAUAAAUAAAUAAAUUUUUAGAGGAUCAAGAAAUCGAUGUCGAAAUCAAUUAACUUAGAUAAUAAAAUUGA